CGUUCCUUGUGAGGGGGGUACUGUCAUGCUACUGUCCCUUUAAUUAGAGGCAUGCACCUUUUUCUCACUCUGCCUAUUUAACCACACCUCUGAUAACUUUUAGUUGCUUGUUAUUGUGGCAUGUGUUCACUUCUCUGGAAUACAGCACCUAAAGCCUACUCAUUUGUAUUAACUGAAGUACAAGACUUGCCUGCUCAUUUUCUGAGCAUUCUGGAUUUUCAUUUACUCAGUAGCUGCAAUCAGCUGUGUGCAGCUUUGCCUUUCUCUGACACACCUUUCUCACAGCCUGGAUCACAACCAGACCUGCAGACUGCAUCAGCCGCCAUAAUAGCGUGUCCAUAACAGCGUGUCCAUAACAGCGUGUCCAUAACAGUGUGUCUCCUCUGAGCAGAGCCUGCUCUAUCUGGGAUCCCAGCACCGGUAACUACACUAUAUGCAAUAUUGCGUGACAAAUAACCUCCUGUCACGGGGAUGCAAACAGGCAUGCCGCCACCUCCACCACCCCCACCAGUCACAGGCAUGCCGCCACCUCCACCACCACCACCAGUCACAGGCAUAAAAAUCUCCUUUGAGAUACCUAUUUUUUCCAGUCACAGGCAUGCAGCCACCACCACCACCAGUCUUCAGGCAACCACGUGAACAUUAUGCUCCCAGACAUGAGCAGGGUUGGAUGGCUUCAGUUGAGGACCCGGAAGUGAUGCCACCAUUGACAUAUGACCCCUGGCAAGAUUCCUGGCCAGAGGAAUAUUCUUCUUUUGGAUUUGAGGGGGAGCCAAGACAGCCACAAAGGGUCCAUUUAUUUAUCCCCCCCCCCCCCCAACACAAUCUCAAGGCAUUCAUGGCUUUUACACACAGGCUAUGUCACAAGAAGUGCCAACUGGACAGGCUGAGUGGUCACACACUGGUCAUCAGUGGGACUAUCAAUCCACCCUGAGAGCUCCACCAUACUCUUCACUUGGGAGAGCACCACCAUCCUCUUCACUUGGAAGAGCAUCACCAUCCUCUUCACUUGGAAGAGCACCACCAUCUGCAGAAGAACAUAUAGCUGAAAGUACUCAAGCAGCAGCAGAUGCAGCUGAACCUGCACCUCAAGCACCACCAGAUGUAGCUGAACCUGCACCUCAAGCAGCAGCAAAUGUAGCUGAACCUGCACCUCAAGCACCACCAGAUGUAGCUGAACCUGCACCUCAAGCAGCAGCAAAUGCAGCUGAACCUGCACCUCAAGCACCUAGAAGCCCUGCUGCUCAAGAGCCUGUGGAUGCAUUGUAUUCACCCCUGUGGGAGGAAUACAUUGCACUCCAGAGGAGGCUCAUAACAAGCACCGAGAAUAUACAAAGAACCCAAGAGAGGUUCUUCAGGAGCCAACAGAGGAGACAACAACGUAGCAUAGAGCUACAGAGAGACAUAGCAGCAUCAUUAAGUGCAAGUGUUCAUAACCAAUCCCAGAUGAUGCGAAUUCUGUCUGAUUUGCAGAUGCAAAUGGACAAUAGAUGCAGAGAACAAAAUCAACUCUUGGGUGUGUUGGUUGAGCACUUUACACACCAGCAGGACACUGCCUCCAGCCUAUCAUCUGUGGCCAGCACACCAGCAGAAACAGAAGAAUCUUCUCAAACCAGAAGAACAAGGCAAUCCACUACAGCCACCUCAGCUGUCUCAUACCAGAAGCCAAAAAAUAAAUAAAUAUUCUUAUAGUUCACCAUAAA